UGGCUAUCAAAGCAUUAGCAGAUGUCUUCAUCUCCUUCCCUGGCCACAGAAGACUCUGUGACAUCAAAGAGGAGUUUUAUAGGAUUGCAGAUGGUCUGCAAUGCUGACUGUGUGAUCAGCAAUGUUGUGGCAAAAUGGCCUGGCUCAGUCCAUGACUCCAGAAUCUUUCGGGCCUCUGAAAUCUAUCAGUGCCUAUCACAAGGUGAAUUCUCUGGUGUGUUGCUGGGAGACAGGGGGUAUGGCUGCCAGCCUUUUCUCCUGACACCUUUCACAGACCCCCAGGAAGCACAGCAGGCCUACAACCAUGCCCAUGCCAGGACCAGGGCCAGAGUUGAAAUGACCUUUGGCCUCCUGAAGGCACGCUUUCACUGCCUUCACAAAUUAAGGGUCAGCCCUGUUAGGGCAUGUGAUAUUACUGUGGCUUGUGCUGUCCUCCACAAUGUGGCCUGCCUGAGGAAGGAGAGGGCCCCCAGAGUGCCACCAGCCAUGGACUGGGACAAUCCGGCAAUCUUCCCUGAUGACGACAGUGGUCGGCUGCUGAGGGACCAAUAUGUGUUGAAUUAUUUUAGUUAGUAUGUGUGCUUUCAAUUUUGGUUAAAUAUGUCCUGCGGUGGCAGAGGAAUUUGUUUUUUUUUGGGUUCGUUUUUGACGAAUUUGGCCUCUUAUGAUGUUUGUGCGGUAUACUGUGUGUAAUACAAGGCUGCAGGGAGGCUACUGCAUCCAUUCAUUUGUCUGUUCAGUUGAUGUGUAUGGAUUUGUCCUGCAUUUAUUUUAGUGUGCAGACAUGCAGGGUGUGUUAUAUACAGACCUUUGAAUGUGUAUGUAUCAUUUUGUAUAAUAUGCUUGGAUUCUGUGCUUUCCAUCUUGUAGAGUCACUGUGACUUCAGUUUCGAAAGGAGCUGAUGGUUUACCUGCUUUGUUUUGUCCUUAUUCAAUAAAGGAACAUAAUGUUA